AGUAGACUUGAAAAAGGCAAAGCGACAUUGGAACGAACAAAAGGAAAUAGGAAAAGGCUACAUCUGGAAAUGAUCGGGUCGCGGACGGAGAAACUCGCGUAGAAAGUUUUGGAAUUAUUAUUGUUAAAUUUGUCCGUAGUUUUUCGAAGUUCGGUGUUCCCCGGUGGUAGGUUGUCGGAUGGCCUUCAAUGGUCAGCUAGCGAUUGGAAUCGAACAACGGGAGAUAUCAGUUUCCGCGAUUGAUUAUGUCAAGUGUUUCUAAACAGCAGUGCGGAUUCGCUGAAUGUUUCUGAGGACAGCUUCUGGCUGAGCCAGCAAAAGAAAGGUCACACAUACCCACCUAUUAAGGACAGUAUUCUUAAGAAUCCUGCGUGAAGCGAAUGGAAGAAUAGCAGUGAUCACAAAACCGAGUGCAUCGGAUUGUUGUUGAUAUUUUUCUGUGUUGUUCGUCAACAUCCGACAAAUCGCAAUCGUUUCAGGUGACGACAUCGUAAUUAGUGCUUCCAAGUGGCAGGUGCACAAUUAUUCAAUAAUCCGCUGUAGAAGGAAUUACCUAUAUUCCAAACGCUGAAUAAAGGCUAUGAAAGACGGCAUCAAGCGGCCAAGUAUGUAGUAACAUAAAAUCAUCCAGCCUAAAAACGAUGGAUUCCAGCGACAGUUACAAGUAAUUGCCAUCAGGCUUACGAGAUCGUCAGGAUUCCACGGAUUUUGCCAACCCAAGUUUAGUUCGAGGUGUGGAAAACAAGGGGAAGGCACAACUUCCUCCAGCCAAACUUGGCCGGGACACUUUCAGGCGAAAACAAGUCGAGGAAAAAUUAGUCUAAGCUGAACCACAGUAAAUCAUCAUCACCAUAGUCGAGCCAAAGGCAGUGCAUCGGAUCGGUUGGUUCCGUUUAGUUGAAAUCCUCAGCUUGGCGUGCAGUUUAGUGUAAGCCCGACUAAGCGAAAAUAAUGCGUACUAUUCUAUUCAUAGCUGCGAGUAUCGCAAUAUUCACCGUUCAGCUGGAAGCAUCGCUAAGCAGAAAUGCGCCGGAAUACAACAGUGGCGGGGGACCGCUCGUGUGCGAAACGUACGACUGCAAGGACGGCGACUGUACCGUUGGCAAGGAAGUCUGUGAGGAUGGCGAAUCGGACAAACCGAACGGGUGCUUCGUGGUAUGGAGUGUCAACAACAUUACCAACGAGGUCAAGGUAACGAUGAAAGGCUGCUUCGUCAAUCCAAGCGAGUGCAACAACACCGAAUGUAUCGACAACACCCAGGGUACAAAGAAUAACCUGAACUAUUGCUGCUGUCGGGCCAACAUGUGCAACCGGGAGCACAAGUGGAUCCCGGUCGUUACCAAAGCGCCGGAGGUGCGGAACCCGGAGAAGGCCGAUUCGAGCAUCUUCCUGACGGUGACCUUGCUGAUGACCCUCAGCUCGUUGAUCAUCCUCGGUGGCCUGACGUGCUUUUGGAAGCACCGAAAACAAGCUAUGUUCAAUGAAGUGCCAACGAUUGAGCCCGAAAUUACCAAUUCAUCACCAAACUUAGCGCUCAGGCCUAUAGAUUUGCAGGAACUCAAAGCACGAGGACGCUUCGGCGUUGUAUGGAAGGGUCAGUUGAUGUCCCAGGAAGUGGCGGUGAAAAUUUUCCCCAUGCAAGACAAGCAGUCGUGGAUCACGGAGCAGGAAAUUUUCAAACUACCUCGUAUGAACCACCCAAACAUUCUGCAGUUCAUCGGCUGCGAAAAACGUGUGGAACUGAACAAUACUGACUUUUGGCUGAUAACUGCCUAUUGCAGUCAUGGAUCGCUGUGCGAUUAUUUGAAAUCACAUACCGUCACCUGGCAGGAGCUUUGCCGCAUUGCCGAAAGUAUGUCCCGGGGGUUGAUGCAUCUGCACGAAGAAAUACAGAGCAGCAAAACGGAAGGCACGAAACCGUCGAUUGCCCAUCGUGAUUUCAAAAGCAAGAAUGUCUUGUUGAAGGACGAUCUAACGGCAUGCAUUGCAGACUUUGGUUUGGCUCUGAUUUUUACACCCGGAAAACCAUGUGGCGAUACCCACGGCCAGGUUGGAACACGCCGCUACAUGGCUCCGGAGAUCCUGGAAGGCGCAAUCAAUUUUACUCGGGAUGCAUUUCUUCGAAUUGAUGUGUACGCCUGUGGUUUGGUUCUGUGGGAGCUGGUAUCACGCUGUACCGCUCACGGUGGUCUAGUAGAAGAAUAUCGGUUGCCUUUCGAAGCCGAGCUUGGCUCGCAUCCGACGCUUGAGGAAAUGCAAGAAAAUGUGGUCACCAAAAAGCUACGACCCGGAAUAUCAGACCAUUGGAGGAUGCAUAAUGGUCUGAACGCCUUGUGCGACACGAUGGAGGAGUGCUGGGACCAUGACGCGGAGGCGCGUCUCUCGUCUUCCUGCGUGAUGGAACGGGUUAGCCAGCACAGCCGGUUCCAGGCGAUGACGCCGCUCCUGAUUGAGACCAACACGACAAACGAUCUGCCCCCGAAGGUUGCCACCGAAAGCGUUUAGAUACGUUCCGGACUAACGAAGGUAAUACUUAGGACGUAACUUUGCCGCACUUAUGUGCGGAUCACCGAAGUUCAAUCAAGAGAGUUCCAGAGAAAAAGGUAAGAAAGUACGAAUUUACUAAUACGAAGCAAAGAGUUGAUUCUGUGACUCCACGCCACGAUUCUAUGGCGUGUCAGAUUUUAAAACUGAAAACGAAUGUUGUUCUGGAGAAGAUUUUUACCGAGAUCCUCAUCGAGACUAUUUUUACUUUUCAAAACUAGAACUGUAAGAUAUAAUCAGUAAAGUAUAUCAAAUAAAUUUUAGACGUAAUCAAAGAUGGAAAAACAUAUACUUAAGGCUCGUCUUUAAAAUCUUUAACUCAACGGCAAGCUGCAGAGAUAAAUUUUAUUGUCUAUUUGGGCUUGCUACAUACGGAAGAUAGAAGUUGAGAAGUCUCAAUAAAACCUUAUGAACUUGACGUUCAGGGAGCUAUCUGAAGGUAGCGUCUUUUUCUAUUGUUUUCGUCGCAAUGAACCUCCGAUAAAAUACCUCUUCCAACAAAUAAAAGAGAAAUAAAAACAUAAAAUCAUAAAAUUAUUAUAGCUAAUCUCGCCGAGAUUCUUAAAUGCGGAAAUGUUUUCAGUUGAAUCCUUUGGGGUGAGGCCUUUAACGAUCGCAAGCGAUCGAUAAAAACGACUGUUGGGACUGACACGCUAUCAUAUUUGGCGUCUUUUGGAAAGCAAAAGAAUGAAUGCGAUGGAUUGAUUGGAAAAAAAGGUUAGAACAGUUUAAAAAAAAAUAUAUAAAAGCAACCACUGCUUAACGUCUCAGUGAUUUAUGUACUUUCUUCAGGAAGGAAGUUUGAGUGUUUAAGAUUUUUGAUACAUAUAUAAACAAUUAGAUGAAACCCCUUUAAGUCUAGCUUUUUCUAAGAAUUAUGCGUUUAACCGGUUUCUGAAGUCCAAUUUAGAUGAAUGAAUACGUUUGUGUUAGUAAUUAAAUCAUUCAAAAAGUUCAAACAAUAACACGAUGUGUUGCAUUCAUGCGAUCAUUUAUAGAGCGAUUUUCUUUUUUUAAAGUUUUGGUGACUCAUGAACUAUGAUAUAUUUUUAUAAGAACUUUCCUCCAAUAUUGAACUUGUAUGCCAUGAUAAUUUAAAAAAAAAAUCUAAAUCAGCUUCAAACCUUA